UUUUGUGUCGGGUUACCUGGAUGUGUGAUGGGUCCCUGUCCUCUAGCUGUGUUCUUCAGUCCCCUGACCUCCUGAGAUGGGGUGUGGAGCAAGCAGUAAGGUGCUCCCAGAGCCUAUGGAGCCUCCACUAAAGAAGAACCCUUACUAUGUCAAACUGAUCCGCGCUAUGGUUCCAGUCCAGUUCUGCAACGAGCCGGUAAAAUGCAAAGCUGAAUUCUGGGGGCUACAAGAGGAAACCAAAAGAGAUCGGGACAUUGAGGCAAAGAACAACCAAGUUGCCAGGUACCGGGCCAAGUUUGACCCAAGGGUUACAGCCAGAUACGACAUUAAAGCUCUAAUCGGCAGGGGAAGUUUUAGCAGAGUUGUGAGAGUUGAGCAUAGAGCUACCAGGCAACCAUUUGCCAUCAAAAUGAUUGAAACAAGAGCCAAAGAAGGCCAGGAAGUCUGUGAGUCUGAACUCAACAUCCUCCGAAGAGUCAGCCAUCAUAAUAUCAUUCAGCUCAUUGAAGUGUUUGAAGCUCACGACCGAGUUUAUAUGGUCAUGGAGCUGGCCACUGGAGGAGAGCUCUUUGACCGAAUCAUCGCUAAAGGGUCUUUCACCGAACGGGAUGCCACCAAGGUGCUUCAGAUGGUUCUUGAUGGCAUAAAUUAUCUUCAUGGACUAGGUAUAACUCAUAGAGAUCUAAAACCAGAAAAUCUCCUCUAUUACCACCCAGGAGCAGACUCAAAGAUAUUAGUCACAGACUUUGGAUUGGCAAAUGCUGGAAAUGGUAAAUGCGGAGACUGGUCAAUGAGGACCAUUUGUGGCACACCUGAAUACAUUGCACCUGAAAUUAUACUAAGAAAACCUUACAGUAAUGCAGUGGACAUGUGGGCUCUUGGAGUCAUCACAUAUAUUUUGCUCAGUGGAUCUAUGCCUUUCGAAGAUGAAAACCGUACAAGACUUUAUCGGCUGAUCAUUAAAGGCAAAUAUAGCUACUUAGGAGAUCCUUGGCCCAGUGUUUCCAAUCUUGCAAAGGACUUUGUAGACCGCUUGCUCAAUGUGGACUCCAAUGACCGACUGACAGCUAGAGAUGCCAUACAGCAUCCUUGGAUUAAAACUAUGGCUGCAUCUUCAUCCAUGAAGAACCUCCACAGGUCUAUCUCUCAAAACCUGAGAAGAAGAGUCUCCUCGCGCUGUCAGAGCUCCAAGUCAGAGCUCUCCAUGAGAUCGGGUCAUUCCAACAAGUCUCGGCGUAUGAGAGAGAUGAUGGAACGUAACUUGCGUUACCAGGCACACAUUCUGAGCACUGAUGUGAUAUAA